UAAUAGAGUUUUAACACAGACAAUUUUUAUUUUUUUAUUAGUGAUUUUGUUGCCACUCUCUUUCUUUGCUGUGACAGUUUUAGCAUGGUUUUAGCGAAGCUAUAAAUUAGAGAUUACAUGGCAACAUUAAUUGUUUAUUGACAAGACUAAUGACAGACGGCGGGGUCUCGACCGAAGGCAGCUUACUUUAAUUUAAGGAUUUUUUGACUUAUUAAGUGGAUUAUUUCCAUAUUUAUUCGUUAUUUAAGUGAAAAUGUGGAUUAUGGAUGCCUUUUAACAGUUCACGCACGUUCCUGCGUGCAUAUAGUGCUAUAAAAUGUAUAUUCGGUGUAUGUUAGGAGCCAUUUUUAUUAUAUUUAUUUUGUGCGUUCAUUGUGAUAAUGCAGCUAAUUACAACGAAAGCAAGGAAAUUUACGUUCCGUCCGCGCCACAGAACCUAACCGCGAAGGCAGUGACUUCCGAAGACAUCCACCUGUUCUGGGCCCCGCCAAGCAACUUCACCCGCCACCCCGAACCGAAGAAAGAGGUCCAAGGAGACGAACCGGCUCGAGAGUUCGACUGGUACAAGAAAGACCAGCUCAAGUACAACGAUGAGUUCUCGUCGUCGGAUAUUUUGAACGGCAUGCGGAAACGAGAUCUUCGCUCGCAUAGGCAUAGGAAGCGUCGCCAAGAUAACGCCACAGAGCACAACAUUCACUCCGAGCACUCGGACGGCAUAGACACUCAUCUCGACAUCGAAAUCGUAAAGAAGUCGUUCACACCGGCGUACCCGCAUAAGGACGCCACGCAAAUCGCCUACGUCCUCUAUUACGAGCAGGGACAGCCUAAGGUUGACGCGGCGCCGGUGAUCGGCAUCCCUAGCUCGGCCGAUGUGAAGAAGAUGAAUUACUUCUCUAGUGAUCUGACGAUGGCGGAUUAUUCGAAGGCGACGAGGAAUUUGACGCUGCUCAAUACGGCUGGGAAGCUGACCAAAGUUGUCGGGUUUAAGUUGAGGAAUUUAAAACCCUUCACCCCCUACAAGAUCUGGGUGCGAGCAUUCUACAGUUUCUCACUAGACGGCGUCAAGUCGUCGGACCUUUUAGAGCGUUUGGGCGACGCGUCGACGCCUUUGUACGUCCUCACUGACGUGAAGCCGCCGUCGCCGCCGAUCAUCAUGAACCUCACUUGCGACCAGCCCAAUGGUGUCCUCUACUUACAAUGGCGGCAACCUCUUGAAUACAACAACACGCUAGACCAGUAUGUGGUGACUCUCAGGAAGAUUCCGGAAUUGCAGCCCCGGACUCGGCUCAAACUGCCCACCAGCAAGGCCGAUAUCGAAACUACAAUCAGUGUCUCGGUGGAGCUGUGGAACGCGACGCGCUACGAGGUGAAGAUAUACGCCGUCACGCUGUCCGUGGCCAGCCCUUUGCUUCUAGUCAACGGAACUACAUCUGAACCUAAGGAGGUUUCCCCCGAGUGGUGCCAAGUGCACCCCGAGGCGCGCGCGCCGGGCGGCCAGCUGGAGCAGUCCGCCAUGAACGCCGCCAUACUGGGCGCGGGCGCCAUCGCGCUGCUCGCCUGUGUCGGCGCUGCCCUGCUCUACUGGAGGUGCAAGUCCCGUCUUAGCAAAUGCAUUAGUGCCGCCUACAACUACCUCGAAGAGGGCGGCGAGAGAGCCGCCAGGGCGCCGUUAAACUCAUACAAGAAACCUGUAGUAAACUGUUCUCCACUGCGGCCAGCGGGCUCCCCCACGCCGGCCGGGCCGGAGAGCUCGGCGCGGCCGCCCCGCAUCGGCGGCGCGCAGCACCCCGUGGUGUGCGCGAGGGACUUCCCCAAGCAUGUCGCCGCGUUACAUGCUGAUGGAGAUAUCGGAUUCAGUAAAGAGUACGAGAUAGUGGUUGCGAAAUCAGCUGCUCUCGGCCAUACGAGCCACUACAGCCAUCGACCCGAAAACCGGCUCAAAAACCGAUACCUUAACAUCACUGCAUACGACCACUCGCGCGUGUGCGUGUCGGUGGGCGGGCGGUGCGGCGCGGCGGGCUGCGCGGGGGCGGGCGGGGGCGGGGGAGGGGGCGGGGCCGGGGGCGGGGCGCAGUGCGGCUACGUCAACGCCAACUUCAUCGACGGCAUCCGCGACACGCUCGACGCCGCCACCCGCCGCAAGAUCGAGCGCAAGAUACGCAGGCAACCAUCAGUGAAGCCCGCCAAGCCGCCGCCCAUAGUCGCGGAAGGCAUUGAGAGCGCGUUCCUCAACAUAGAAUUCUCCGGAAUCGUGGAGAGCGAACAGAGCGAUAGCGACAGCGAGCGAAGCGAUAGCGAUCCGGAGCUCGACGAUGUUUAUGUCGACGUCGAUGGUGUCCCGACGCGAGUGAAGCUGGAGUGGCUGGUGUGGAAGCGGCGCUACAUAGCGACUCAAGGCCCCACCCCGCACACGCUCGACGCGUUCUGGCGCAUGAUCUGGCAACACAAAGUUCACACCGUCGUCAUGAUUACCAACUUGGUUGAACGAGGGCGGCGCAAAUGCGACAUGUACUGGCCGGGCGGCGGGCGCGGCAGCUCCGCGGAGUUCGGCGGCGUGCACGUCACGCUGCUGCACGAGGACGUGCGCGCCGCCUACACCGUGCGCCAUCUGCGGGCCAAGAACAACAACCCUAAAUCGGAUAGCGAGCCAGCAAGUCCGGUGAACGAAGCGGACGCGGGCGGCCGCAUCAUAGUGCAAUACCAUUACACGGUGUGGCCCGACCACGGCACGCCGCGCCACCCGCUGGCCGUGUUGCCUUUCGUGAAGGCGGCCGCCGCCGACCCCGGCACCGUGCUCGUGCAUUGCAGCGCGGGCGUCGGACGGACAGGCACCUACAUAGUCCUCGACGCGCAACUCAACCAACUCAAGCUCACCGGAACCCUCAGCCCUCUAGGGUUCCUGUGUCGCGCGCGCACCCAAAGAAACCAUCUCGUCCAAACCGAAGAACAGUACGUGUUCGUUCAUGACGCGUUACUCGAGCACGUCCGCUCAGGAAACACAGAAGUUGAGUUCUCGAAAGCGAGGGAAUAUCUAGUCAAACUACUCCAACCCAUCCCCGAAGACGAGCUAGCCGUUUUAGACCUUAAACCUACCAAGCAAAAGAGCGUUAAUGACUUGACAAAUGGAAUAGAAAACGGUGAGACAGCCAGCUUGAAAUCGAGUAAAGAAGUAAGCGAAAACAACGCGGAAAACGGAAGUCAACUCUCGAUAAAGACGGAAGAUUUAAACAGCGAACAAAGUAAGAGUGUUAAAGAAGAUGAUGAGACUAAAGAGGUUAUGGUAAAUGGGGAUGAAAGCGAGGGGGUGUACGAUUUGGCGCCGAGGUCGACGGACACGUAUAGCAAGAAGAUGCAGGCGUAUAACAAUAUGACUGAUCAGGAGAAGGAGGAGAUGAGGAGGGCGAACCGAGUGGAAAAUUACGCGUUGCUAGAACGCAUGCGGUCACUAGCGAACCGGAAUCAAACGUAUCAGGGCCCGCCGCCAGUCAAUCUACUCGAGAAACAGUUCUUGCUAAUAACGCGGUCGUGCGUGGAGGCGUCCCCGAGCGCGCGCGCGCCGCACAACGCGGACAAGAACCGGCCCGGCGCCGCGCUGCCCGGCGACGCGGCGCGCGUCAUGCUCGUGCCCAAGCCCGGCGUCGAAGGAAGCGAGUACGUGAACGCGUCCUGGGUAUGCGGGCGGCGGCGGCUGCGCGAGUUCGCCGUCACGCCGCACCCGCCGCCCGCCGCCGCGCCCGAGCUGUGGCGCCUGCUGUGGGACCACACGGCGCAGCUCGUGCUGCUGCUGCACUCGCCGGCCGACCCGGAAUGCGAAACGUUCUGGCCCACCGAAGACGAAAAGGAACUGUUCGUCGCCAACUUCAGAGCGAGCUUCGUUUCUAAGGAUACCUACGUGGCUCAUAGGAAAACUAGCCGGAAACCGACGCCCACGGAAACACCCGUCGAACCGGAAACUAAUGGUUACCGACGGCAGGAAUCAGACUGUGCUGACGAUGAAAGACUAAUACCAGAAAACAGCUCCCCAGUAUCAGACGUCGAACCCGCCUACCGCUUCGACAGAACGGAACUCAGACUCGAAAGACUCAGCACCGGAAACAGAGACUUAUCCGCCCGGAAAUCUAUAGCAAAUGGCGACCUAUUCUCAUCGUUUUCGGAAAAGAAAUCCGGCCCCAAAUCCCCUAGAAGUCCUUCGAAAAUGUCGCUUAAAAACUUCAAGUUAAGCUCCCCUACGAAGUUUAAAUUCCCCGAUUGGGGAUCACGAACCGCCGGCUCCCCUCCAGAUGUAGCCCCUCCCCCUCCCCCUGUAGCGCCAUCUCUAACUGUCGAAGAAGAGGCAGAACUAAGACGGCCAUGUUACAGGUUUGAAAAGGUGGAAAGCGUUCCAGAAAAUACGCCUUCAGACCGAAUAAUAGAAGUAACUAACGUUAGUGUGCAUUCGUUACAAGACGACUACCAAUUAAGUGUUAAGUUUAUACAAUGCUCUGGCUGGCUAGAUGGUGACACCACAGAGUAUACACAGGGGAAACCGGAGGAGAAUGAGUUUGUUAGAGCAGUGCGGGACGCUGUCAGUGAGAGCGAGAGGGAAGAGGCGGUGGAUAGGCUUAUAGCGCCGUAUAGGGACUCGUUCGCGUUGAUCGAGUUCGUUGCUGGGUGCCAGAUGGAGUACAAGAAUGGGCCGGUGGUUGUGGUCGACAAAUUCGGUUCCUGGAAGGCCAUGUCGUUCUGCACGCUGAGCGCGGCGUGCGGCGGCGCGCGGUCCGGCGCGCGGUCCGGCGCGCGGUCCGACGCGCGGUCCGACGCGCGGUCCGACGCGCCGCUCCGACCCGCGGCCGACGCCGGCGCCGACGUGUACUGCUGCGCCGCGCUGGCCGCGCACGCGCGCGCCGCGCAGCCCGCCGGCCCGCCGCCGCACUCGCUGCGCGCGCUGCUCAAGCAGUAUUGUGCGCUGGCCGCUUACGAUGUGGCGAACAGCUGAGCCAGGUCGUCCAGUGAAAACUCAGCAUCGGACAUUAGCAAGUGAAUACUCAGCGCAUCGCGCCCGUACGUACAUAGCGUUACAUUAUGUAUAGUACCGUGUAUUGUAUAUCUUAAAGGAAUGUAUAAAUGGUAUAUGUACCUUCCGAGUCGAUUUGACGAGACAUUCAAUUCUGAACUCUGUCGCGUUGAGAAUUAAACUCACUUUGAGACAAGUUCACACGCAACAGAGUUCAUAAUUUAGUGUUUUUUUUUGACUGUAUAGAAUCGAUGUCUUAAUAGUAUUCUUAUAGGCAGCUAAGUUGGUAAUACUGACCAAUUAGUUUAAAAACCGGUUUUCUGUUCUACACUAUUAGACCCCUACAUAGAAUGUGGAUGUAUGCAUGUUAGUGUUUUAAGACUGGAUUUCUGUGGUUCAAAAAUAUGCAAGUUUAAUUAGAAGGCGGGUUUGUAAAAUAGUUUAUUUUAAAAUUAGAUGUUUUUUUACGAAAGCUACUCAUUGUAUAUGUAACCCACCUACGAAAAUAGCCUAUAUUUCGUAACUGGUAAAAAAACGAACAGUAUGACAAAGUAUUCGUUAACCCUAUAGCAGUGGCGACAUUUUUGCUGGCAUGCGUUAAGCAAAAGCGCACCUAUUUCAAAAGAGGGUUCGAAUUAAAAUGUUUGAAGAGAAACAUCGAACCACUCUAAGGUUAAUGAAAAACACUUGGAGGAUUUAACAACUGGAGACGCCUUGUCUGUAAUUUUCUGUACAAAACAGUCUGCCGAUUUUUGCCGGGAAGGGGCACGUCAAAUGUAUGGCUAUUUGUACGUAACAUAACAGAUAAACGUCAGUCCAUACAAUACAUAUGACCAUUGGCAGAGGUUUACGACAAAGGGGUAAGCUCUUUAAGGCGACUCCAGUUUUUAAAUCCUUCAAAGAAAAACACUAUAUAUUCGUUCUACAGAACUUCCAGUUUUAAGAUCCUAAUGUAAAACCAUAGAAGGCUCAAGAGUAUGACACAAUAAUUUAGUAAAUUCUCUCUAAGGCUUGACUCUUAUGAAAUAAGAUGUGGUUGUGUGCGUUAUAAGGGAUAAAUAAUUUUUCUAGCAAUUUUUUCUGAAUAGUUUCUCAUGCGUAGGUAACUUUGGUCGCUUUUCCGGGAAUAUUACCUUUAUAUUUUAUAUAAUAUUUAAAACUUUCUAUGAAUCCUAGUUAGUGUAAAGCUAACAAUAAUGUUAAUUCAUUCUAUGUUCAAGUUUGUAUGUCUUUCGGAAGUUAUUCAAUUGUUAUAAAAAUUAAAAGUAUGGUUUGGCCCAGGACUGUCUCAUUUCAACAGGGAGAACCAUGUCUUUCUCUCUCACGCUAGUACUAGCACCCAAAAGAAAGGGAUGAGUAUAGUUUUCCUGGUUCUUACUGACUGACAAGUUGUACAUGCGUUUAGACAAUAUUGUAAUAUACAAUAUUGCAAAAAGAAUGUCAUUUUUAAUUGAUAUGUUUUGUAACGUUUUAAUACAGAUGGCUCCUGGUAAAAAAAUGGUAUUUUUUAGCUUUUUUAGGCCAAAAGUCAAAUUUUCGAAAUGGUAGAGCCAUGGGGGUUCACGAGGUCCACAGCUCCUGAAAACCGACGUAAGACAAAAUAACUCACAGGUUCAGUUCCCGGAGAGCGCCAAAGGUUAGCUUAGCAUAUCGAGUAAUUAUAAUAUUAUGAUUAUGCGACGACGCCCUAGAAAAGCUCAUUUGGUUACAAACCGCUAUUAAACAGUAAUUUAAUAAUUUAGGUUACAUGUUGUCACACAAACUUGUCGAAAAUUGGAUAAUUAUGUCAACCCAAUCCUAUAAUGGCACCUUCAGUUGAAUGUCCUCUGAGAAUGAGACGAUUUUCGUCUCAGCCGUGUUACUAAUCCUUAAGGCCUCCGCUAGAUGGCGCACGCAGCGGCCGCACGCACGCGGGUGCCAUUGUAGGUUCGGGCCAGUUAGUGGCCGCCAGUAUUGUCACAUAUUUGUGUUCUUUUCUAUCCAUGUAAGAAGGAAGGAGACAAUCAUAUUUGGCAAAAACUAAACGCAGGCAGAGUGCUAUACUUUGCGUUGCAUUUUUAGUUACAGAUUUUGUCGUGUACACUGUAAAAGAAACCUUCGCACAUAGACUGAAGAAUCAAUUUUGCACUGCUGUUAUUUUUAUUUUAGACUCGGGUUUGUGUGAUACUAUGUAACGUGUAUAUUGAAAACAGAGUUUUUCAAGCCAUUAUUGAUACCUGCAAUAGAGAUAUUUUUAGACACGCCAUAUCAGCGUUAGAUUCAGUGCAAUAGUUUAUUUUUUAAACAAUUCAGUCGUCCUGAAAUGUUUACACUAUACAUGAUUUUAGGACGAAUAAUCAUUACCCAAUGUAAAAGUAUGGAAAUAGAUAGUAGUAUUUUUUUCUAUGAAUCGGAGUGUGAAUUUCUUAUUCCUAUUAAAUCAAGUUUAUGGUCCAGUAUUUUUUAUUGUAAUGCUAGUGUAUUGUAACUAUUAUACAUAUGAAGACUGCUUUUUAGUGGUUUGUCAAUUAAGAAGAUUGUAUAUUGGGUUACGUUGGUCUUGGCAGUUUUACUAUUAAAUAAAAAAAAGAAUAAUUUAAAAACGAGAUCAGGUAGAAACAAUGAGUAAAUGUUAUUAUUAUUAUAGACAAUAGAAUAAAUACAGGUAUUUUCUUUUUUACGUGUACAAUCUCCACCAGUUAUAUCGGAGCGGCUAACGCGCUUACAAAUAUCUGAACACGCCUCUAUUGUAAAGGCGUUAAAGUGGUUAUUCAGAUAUUUUUGAGCACCGUGUCUGAUCCAAUAUAUCUGAUAACGACUGCAAGCGAAAGAAAAAUAGCUGCAAUUAAUGAGAGAUGCACAGUACCAUUUUUCUAAUCUGCUUUUCCACUUCGGCAUUCGAAAUAACAUCAUACUAACGAUACAUGUUAUAAUUUCGAAUGGCAAAUAGCCAACAUUGUAGUAAAACUGCCAGGUCAGCGAAUGAAAGUCGCAGGUUCGUUCCGGGCCUGCAUACGGCGGUGUUGUGGGUGUUAGUGAAAUAUUACGUAUUAGGUAGGAUAUGGCUUUAGUGCGAAAUGCGUGGAGUAACUUGGUGGAGCAGAAAGAAAAACGAAAAUCGCGUUAUCUACCUCUCAUCGCACGAGUAUGGAACGAAAUUUCGAUUUUAGUUUUUCGUGGUAGGCCCUUUGAUAACUUACCUGAGGGCAAUAGCACGUUCGGAGCGCGCAAGGACGACGCUGACGCCAUCUGCCAUAUAUUUGUUUUAACUAAUGUCAGUCGGCGCCAGGCUCGGGGUGUUACAAAAAUGAGUAUUGUAUAGUAUUUCUACUCCCUAAUUCCCAGUAAAAAUAAAUCUUAAUUUUGAGUAAAGGUUUUAUGGAAAACGUCUUUAAAUAUUUAUAGGUAUAAUAGGAAAACCGGAUUUCCUGUCUAUAAAAGUAUUACAAGAGAUAAUCCUGUUGACGUAUCCAAAGACAAAAGUAAUUUCGUAAGC